CAUUCGCGGUGACAGUUGCGCAAGCAGUGAUAAAAGUAUCGGUUCGCAUAGUGACUUCUAUAAACAUGAGUGAAUGUUUACUAAUAAAUCUAUUAACGAUCAUUGGCUGCUAUGCACUUAUAUGUUAUCUUUACGAUAAUUUGAAGUCGCCUUAUAUAUUAAUACGCGAUUAUGUGAACCAAAAGUUUUUUGGUAAAAAGUUGAAAAGUUUGACCGAAAGGUUUGGCAAAUGGGCAGUUGUUACUGGUUCCACAGACGGCAUUGGUAAAUAUUAUGCCCGAGAACUCGCACGAAAAGGAUUUAACGUAGUUCUUAUAUCUAGAACUGAGUCUAAAUUGAAA